UCACCGAAUCAAUCAACUGCCGAUUCUCCUAGGGUUUAAUCUGUCGAAGAUGGCAGAAAUUGCCGAAAAUCGUGGUGGUAGAGUUGAAGAGAUAGGUUGUGAAGAUAGGAUCAGUGCCUUGCCGGAUGAUUUACUUGUGAGGAUACUUUCGUCUAUCCCGACAAAAGAUGCUAUUUCUACCAUGAUUCUGUCUAAGCGAUGGCGUUUUGUCUGGACGAUGCUGCCCAUACUUGCGUACCAAGAAAGCAAAAGCAAAAUAAGUGUUUGGUGGUUUCUUAACAAGUCAAUGGAAUUGCACAAAGCACCUGUCCUACAUAACUUGUCUAUCCAACUAGGUCGACGUUGUCCUACUGAUGCUGAUGUCGGAAAGUGGGUUGAAAACGCUGUUAAUCGUGGCGUGAGAGAGCUAUUUUUCACGCUACAAUGGUCCUUAGAUCCAACCAGAUUGCCUAAGAGGCUUAACACAUGCAAAACUCUCUUGCAUCUAAAACUCUCCCACAAGAUUCUCGUGGAUUUUCCUACUUCUUCUUGCCUCCCAUCCCUGGAAAAACUCGAACUUUACUAUGUGGUGUAUAAAGACGAGGCUUCUCUUGAUGCGCUCUUAUCUAGCUGCCCAGUUCUUGAGUUACUGUCUGUGAUGCGUAAAGAGGAUGACAACGUUGCCAAGUUCACUGUAAAAGUGCCUUCUUUACGGGUCUUAGUGUAUUUUAAUGCCAUGUCACCAGAUGAGAAUGAUGUAGUAGAUCCCGGUAGGUCUUUAGUUGUGGAUACUCCUGCAUUAAAACACUUUUACAUUGGUGACCAUUCAGGAGACUCUUGGUCGAUCAAGAGUAUGCCUUGUCUCCUGAAUGCUUCUAUUAGUGGUCAGAGUUUCCAUGAUACAUGCAAGUUGUUAAAAUCUGCUUAUGCAGUCACGUCUCUUGAGUUGGAUUUGACAGAUGAAUUGGCUGUGUAUUGUAGCACCAUCGAAUUCCCACAGCUGAUACAGUGUACCAUAUCACCAUGCAACUCAGACUGGAUGGAUUCACUCAUUUUUUUUCUUCGGAAUACUCCUAAACUAAAAAAAUUUACUGUUGACUAUAGUUUAACCGAUGAACCUCCUGACGCCUCUGCUUCAUGGAUGCUACGGUUCCCUCGUCCAGAAUGCUUGUCAUCAAGUCUGGAGAAGUUUGAACUGAUAGACUAUGGAGGAAGAAUAGAAGAGAAAGAAUUGGUGGAAUACAUCCUAGAAACUUCCAAGUGUUUAAAGACUGUCACAAUCUCCUUCAGGUCCAAACUUAAAAACAAAAAGAAAAAAAUGAAGAGGCUGAAUGCUAUAUUCCUAAGGUUCAAUAGCAUUUCAUUUUCUGUUCAAACUUAA